AUGGCAGCAAACAGCACCAAACACAAGGGCGCCCAGGCGAGCACAGCAGCAGCAGCAGCAGCAGCAGCAAGAGGUCCAGGCUCAAGUGGAGCCGUGGGACACACACGACAGACUGAAAAGCUCGAUGCAGCAGAGAGAGCGCGCUUGCAGAACAUUGGCUGGUGUUUGGGGGUGCCUCAUUCCAGCUGUGCUUGGCAGGCAAGCCCACUCAUCAUCUGUGCCAAGCGGAUGAUCAAGGUCGCUGGCACGUCAAUGGCAAGCUCUACGGCGACGGCUCAUCGCUCGCUGUGGUACUCCCCUCAGACAUUGAUUCUGACGCGUUCAAUCCGGGGCACAUCGAACCCCGUGUCUGGCGCGACCACCAACACCCCCGUGGGUACCAGUGGUCCGAUCAAGCCCUUUAUCAAUCUCACCAAGACUGAGGCCGAAGCGCGUUUAGGGCAGGCCGGCUUGGCUGAAGGCACGGCUCUUUUCCGACGGCGCCACGCCGACAGUGACAAAGAUUACGUCAUUGUCAUUGUCUACAAAGGCAAACCCACGCAUCACUUGUGCACGCGCAUGGAGAUGGGCCACCCCUUCACUAUCAACCAAACCACAACAACUGCCACCUCGUUGGAGCAGAUUGCAGAGCUGCUGCAGACUGCCCACCCUUGGUGGCCAGUACCACUCCAACAGCUGAUUCAAUCAGAUGAGGAGACAGAGGCAUCGUCAACCACCCUCGUUCACCACACGCCGGAUGCUGCUUCGGUUCCCGCCCUUCCUGCCCGUGUUGAAGAGUUGGCGCCUCCAGCUCUAUCUUCCACUGCACCCCCAACCACCGCCACCAUCAUGCCGGCAAGCCCCACGUCGGCAUUCACACCAGCUUUGCAAGGAUCGCCAUUUCGCCAUUUUUACCAUGGCAACUUGGACAAAGCCACAGCGGAAGCUCGCUUGCAGGCCUGCGGCAACGAGGAUGGAACCUUUCUGAUCCGAGCACGAGCCAACACGGCAAACGCAGACCUCAAUGAAUCGGUCAUAUCUGUCGUUUACAAAGGCAAGCCGACCCACCAUCUGCUAAUCAAGACCGGAAGCCACGCCUACGCUUUAAACAAAGGGACCGUCGAAGCUAGCAAUUUAAGCGAGGUGGUGGAGAGUUUGCGCAACGCCAAGCCAUUCUGGCCCGUACCUCUGAUCAAGGCCGUGGCGCCUCCUGUAUCGCCGAUCGACUCAUCUUCUGCCCCCAAAGCUACAACCACGGUUGAACCAUCAAGACACCCUCCCACAAUUCUGCCGGAUGCGAGAACUGCGGCAAAAGCGGCAGCACCUUUGCCAGCAGCGGGAGCUGAACAAGACGUCCACGGCGUGCUGUCAAAGGAUCAAGCAGCUGCCCUGGUGGAACACGAAGCAGCGGGGAUGGAUGGUGUCUAUCUCUUACGACAUUCCAAGGGAGGUGGAUAUAUUAUCUCCGUGCUUUAUCACGGCAAGUGCACACAUCAUCUCGUGCAGAAAUCUGAACCCGGUGGCACUUUUGUUGUGAAUAAGAAGGUGACCAAGGCUGUGACUUUGGACGAGGUGGUUGUUCUCUUGCAGUCCAAGCAUCCUUGGUGGCCGGUGCCGUUGGUGCGGCGGAUUUCAGUUGGCACUUUGCCCUCAGCAACCACAUCUGCUCCGACGACAACGGCAACACCGACCACGACAACGACACCGACACCGACACCGAGACCAGCACCGACACCGACAACGGCAACACCGACCACGACAACGACGACAACGACAGCGGCCCCUAUGGUGGCAAUCACGGCCGAUACUGGACAUCAAGAGAAUGACAACCAGACGGAUGGUCAGUAUGACAAUGCAGAGGACAUUGAACCCCUUGAUCCUUUGCAAGCCAGUGGUGUGGCAGAGCCGCUACACCAGGAUGGAGGCUACAUGGACGUGGUGCCCGAUGCCGCCCUGGCGCUCCAGGUGCUGGCCUCAGCUUCAUCCAAACUUGGCGUUUUACCAGACGAAGCUUCGGCCCACAUUGCUGCCCUUCAGCAAGAGCGCUCAGCUCUCGCAUCUUUGGACACCGGCUCCUCAUCGUCGCUUGCCCAUCAGCGGCGGAUGUUGAUUGCCGUGGGCCCUCGCUUUGCGGCGCUCUGCACCCCACCCGCUGACGAUGGAGCCCGACGUCAAGCCCUUCGGACCGCCGCGGCUUCCGUGGCACGGUGGGAACGCGACUACGCUGCGACGUGGUUUGGCUCGCUGCCGGACAUCAGUCCUGAGCUGCGUCCACAGCGGCCGUUGACACCACCGACAGAUGCUCGCCCUGCAUCGAGUCCCGAUAUGCCGGCUUUUUUCUUUGCAUCACUGAAUCAAGAGCGCGCAGAAGAGCUGCUGGCCACGCCCCCCAUUAUCGAGGGUAAAUUUCUGGUGCGCAGUGUCCCAAGACGGCGGACCAAUGACCACUUUAUUCUGUCUGUUGUGCAUGAGGGCCAGCAACGGCACUAUCGUCUGGUACGCCGAGCGCCCACCGAGGCUCUGUCAGAGGUGGCCUCUCUGUCAGGCAGCGCCAUCACCACCAGUCAAUGGGAGGCUGAGGGAGCCGACUUAUCGCGGGUCGAUGCACAAGUGGAGGCCACCUUUCAUCUUGAGCAGCACGACACCGGUUGCACUACGCUGGCUGCUGCGGUGGAUCUACUACGCACACGCUUGGAUUGGUGGCCAAGCCCAUUGACUGCCGAAGUGAGCUCCCCUCAGGAAGAGGAGCGGAUAGUAGCAGAAACAGCUUUUGCUGAACGCCAAUUGGCGUGGACACAAGAGGAGGCCCGGCGUGCUCGACUUCGGCAGCAGGUACACGAUGCUCACGCACAAGUGGAGCAGGAUCGUCUGCGCACGGCCCAACAACGCCUUUUUGCCCCCCGGAAGCCGUUGCCCGAUCCAGUACCCGUCUACAUGAGCCCCGUAGCGCGUUUGGAUGUGCUGUGUCAAUCACUGAGCACGCUUCUAACUCGCCUGCCCCUUGCUCGAAAGCAGGACGAGCGAAUUGCCAGUGAGCGUGCCGAUCGACGCGCCCACUUGCAGCACCUCUUUCGUCAGGUGAAGUACACAAAACGCACUCCACCGUGA